AUGGAGGACUGCUGUCGCACCUGUAUGCCAUGUCUCGGCUGUAUGUGGAACUGUAUAUGGCCGGAAUUCCAUUACCCAAACGUGCCCAUCAACGACGACACCGGCGCGACGCGACGUCCCGCGGACAUCCGGACCAUCUCCGGUGACAUCAGCGUCCCGUCGCCCAAGAAGCGGCCGGUGCAGUUGUACGCGGCGCUGUUCGACUUCGAAGCCCGCAGUGAAGAGGAGCUAACGGUGAAGGAGGGCGACAAACUCUCUGUGAUCGAGAAACGGGGGGACUACGUGCUUGCCAAGAAGCUCACCGGUUCUCUGGAGUCCGGGUUGGUCCCUGCCAACUACGUGGCCAUCCUCCAGGACGAGUUUGCCAAACACAAGUGGUAUUAUGGCAACAUUAAUCGUGGGAAAGCGGAAACCCUUCUUUUGGCCUCUCAGAACCAAGAUGGCUCCUUUCUGGUGCGAAUCAGCGAGAGCCAUAGCGACGAGUACACCAUCUCAGCCCGGAGCGAGGGCAAGGUGUACCACUUCCGGAUCCAGCGCUCCUCCAUCGGAGCCUACUUUGUGUCCGACAAGCUGUCCUUCGGCACGCUGGGAGAGCUGAUCAACUACUACCAGAACAACUCCCGUAGCCUGGGUGUGCCACUGGGCCUGCCCUGUGCACAGCAGCGGGAGCUGUUUGACAUGGAGCCCUGGGAGCGACCCAGAGAAGAGUUCCAGCUUCACCGGAAGCUGGGAGAGGGCCACUUCGGAGCGGUGUGGGAGGCGACCUGGACCACGGAGCACCGGAAGGUGGCCAUCAAGAUGCUGAAGCAAGAGGACACCAAGCAGGAUGAGUUUGUGAAGGAGGUGCAGGCGCUGAAGAGCCUCCACCACCCCAAGCUGAUCCAGCUGCUGGCGCUGUGCUCCAGAGGGGAGCCUGUCUACAUCGUCACCGAGCUCAUGUCCAAGGGCAGCCUCAAGGCCUACCUGGCCUCUCCAGAGGGCCAGGUGCUGAAGUCGGCCCACCUGAUCUACAUGGGCAGCCAGGUGGCGGAGGGUAUGGCCUACCUCGAGGACCGCCACAUCGUGCACCGGGACCUGGCGGCUAGGAACAUCCUGGUGGCCGAGGACCUGGUCUGCAAGGUGGCCGACUUCGGCCUGGCCCGCAUCAUCAAGGACAGCGUGUACACCGCCAGCCGCAGCACCAAGAUCCCCGUGCGCUGGACGGCGCCGGAGGCCGCGCUCCACCAGCGCUUCUCCGUCAAGUCUGACGUCUGGUCGUUUGGCGUUCUGCUCUACGAGAUGAUGUCACGAGGGAAGAUGCCUUACGAUGGGAAGAGCAACAAGGAGGUUCUCGAGCUGCUGGCGUCGGGCUUCCGCCUGCCCAGUCCCGCGCGGUGCCCCCAGAACAUCUACCGCAUCAUGCUGGACUGCUGGGCCCCCGAGGCCCUCAAGAGGCCCUCCUUCCACGCCCUGCACAGCCAGCUGGACUCCAUCUACGCCCGCAUCUACUUCAAGACCAUCGAAGUGUAGAGAACCACGAACCUUACCCAACGCAACCUCACUUCCUGUCGGUUCCGCUGCACCAAAGAGAGGCCAAGGAAGAGGGGGGGGGGGGGGGGGGACAACGAUGAAGAGGGGACGAUGAUGAAGAGGGGACAAACGGGGCAGACCCAAGAGAGGAAAGACGUUUUCUUGGGUUCCUACUUUCCUUUGGUUCCUACCACUGCCUCAAAGGAAACAUAAGCCGAACAUUCUGAGCACUUUCACACCAACCGUAAAGAGUUUUGUACACAGUUUUGUCCUUUUUGAUAUUGUAUUGCUUCUACAAGUGCCAAGUGUAUAAGUGUACACACACACACACACACACACGCACACACACACGUGUAGUACAUGUUCAGAGGUUGGGCUUUUGAAAUAACGUAUGAAUCAGGGCCAUGUGCAAUAAUGACGUGUGUGCGGAUGUUCACUGCUCCAUAGCCUCCGUGCUUUUUACUUGAGGACUGGAACGGGCCAACGUAAAUCCUUACAACCAAUAUGGAGCCGAAUCGCAACAAGAGUGCCUACGUUUACACUACAGACUGUUCUUCAUGGACUACAAAAAUGGAGACGCACACAAAAGUACAGACGGAUUGCACAGAGAAUGCUGAAUGGAUGAUAAUAUUAUUAUUGUUGAAAUAAUGCAAUUGACGAAAAUAUCUAUUUUAAUCAUUUUUGGUGUUUUCUAUGCAUGAAAUUCAACGAGGUAAAAUUAACUAAAGGAAACUUGAGCCAUGA